AACAAACUGCAUUCUUCCUUUUUUGCUUUUGUGCCCCCCUUCCCUCCCCUUACUGCCACCCGGUCCUGUAGCCCUUCUCUGAAACGUUAUCCCUUGCCCUGUUCUUCCCUCCCCUUUCUCUUUUAUUUGUCUCCACACCCCUCCCCUAUUCUAUUUCUCUACUUUCCCUUAUCCAUCACACUGAAUUUCUUCCUAUUUCAUCUUUGUUUUUAUCUAAAUUCCAUACUAGGUCUUUCCUUGUAUCGUGCUUAUUUUCAUCUAUUGAAGCUCUCCUCAUUCAUCAGUGCUGUCCUCAAUUUCCUCUUCUUGUUGAUUUCCGUUUAUAUUUUGUUGUUUGUAUUUUUCAUUUAACCUGCUUUAAACUUUUGCCACCCUUUUAGCUGUUCUACAGUCUGACCCUCCUAUCCCUCUUCUAGCUGGCUUCUCUACUUAUUGCAAAAUCUGCUGUUGAACCUGAAUCCCAUCGGAUUUAGGCUGAAGGGGGGGGGGUGAAGUCUGACUGGCAGAUCCCUUCUCCAAUCAUUUGGCACUGUGUCAUCUAGUAUGCCUGGAUGAAGAGGACCAAGUUUUAACUGGAAUGUACAUGGAACAAUGAUGAGGAGAGGCAAAAUAUGUUUGAAUCCUCUCUAAAGCUGGCAAAGAUCCGAUCGUACAAAUUGAGGAUUCGUACGAUUUUCGGACCGUGUGUGGAAGGUCCCGACAUUUUUCGUCCGGCGGAGAUUGGUCGUUUGGUCGAUCGGACAGGCUCUGCUAAAAUAUUACAGAAAGACAGGAGACUGACUGACUGUGCAGGUCUCACGCUGGGAUGUCCUCAAAUGUCGUCAAAGCUGCCUCUCCUUUGGCUAGCGCUGUGACAGGUGCAAUGGAACUUUCUGUGGCUCAGUGGCUUCUCGUGGUUUGUCUUGUGGCUUUUCCUCUACUCUAUGAAUGGAAUGUCUCCUUCAAAUACUUUUGUAAAGUGGCAUUUUACAAUGGCUGGAUACUGACACUAGCCAUACUAGCAAUCCCUAUAUGUGCAGUGAGAGGCCGCAAUGUGGAAAACAUGAAAGUGCUCCAGUUCAUGCUUCUGCACAUCAAGUAUUUGUAUGGGAUUAAGAUUGAGGUUCGGGGAUGGGAAAAUUUCAACAUAAAGGAACCUUACGUGGUUGUGUCAAAUCACCAAAGCUCAUUGGACCUACUUGGGAUGAUGGAGAUCCUUCCUAGUCGUUGUGUGCCAAUCGCUAAACGUGAACUGAUGUAUGCGGGCACAGCUGGACUGGCCUGCUGGCUGGCAGGUGUCAUCUUUAUAAAUCGCAAGAAGACAGAUGAUGCUAUAAGUGUUAUGACAGAGGCAGCAGACACUAUGCUGAAAGAGGAUGUUCGUGUCUGGGUUUUUCCAGAAGGCACUAGAAAUUACAGUGGCUCUUUAUUGCCAUUCAAACGGGGAGCAUUUCAUCUGGCUGUAAAAGCUCAGGUCCCAGUUAUACCUGUUGUCAUGUCUUCCUAUAAGGAUUUUUACUGCAAGAAAGAAAAAAAGUUCACUACAGGAAAGUGCACAGUUCGCAUUCUUCCAGGAGUUCACACAAAGGGCCUGUCGUCUGAUGAUGUUCCUGAACUUGCUGACCAUGUACGAGGGAUGAUGCUUGAGGCUUUCACUCAAAUAUCAUCUGAGCGUCCAGGCAAAGGACCUGGGGGGAUGCAUUGACCCCUCCCUACCUUCACUUCUUUCCAUCAUGGGCUGGGGAUCCCCUUAGCAAGAGGAAAGGAGGGGACUCCAUCUGGAAGGAGACUGACUAUAUACAACUUAAUAAAACAAUGGGUUGUUUAAAGAAAGAGGACAAAAAGCACACUCCAAAGAUUAUUCAUCCUACAAAAUGAAAAAUUACACAGGAGAAGAGAUAUGAAGGGAGAGGAAAAUUCCUUAAUGAAGGAAAGAGUGAGCAGAAAAGGAGAAAAUAUAGAGGGGUCUUAUAAGCAGCCCAUAAUAGUGUUAAGGAGACCAAACAAUGGGUACCCUGAACAGAAGAUAAAUAACAAAUCCUUUUCAAAACCAGGGAGGCAUUUCAUGUUUUAUUUGAGCAGAAAAGGAAGGGAUUGCUGAAGAAUAAGGCGAGAAUUGCACUAAAGUUCAUUACACCACAAGAGAGCAGUAAAAAAAAAACCCUCAGAAAUGAAUUGGGCUGAAUUAGAGAUAGGGGUUGCCAGUGAGCUGAGACAUGACAAAUGUGAAAUGUGUUCACUUUUAUUACUUUGUAAAGAGACUAGAAUUGGAAUCAAGAUCAUUCCAUAUACCCAUAGUGAGAAAAGAACUCAUACAGCCAAGAGGAGAAAAUAAUAUAAUAGGAAACAUUCCAUUAAGUACAAACUAAAAUUCCCACAGAGGUGGAAGAAAUCAAAUUCUGGUGUAAAACCUUUAGUCCUAAAACGUAUGUUAAAAGUCAGUCACAAGCAUCCUUAGCUGGUAAGUUUAUUAAUGUCAAUUAUUAAUACUAAUGGCGUUUAAAAAUGUUAUGGAGUAACUGGAUGUUAAACAUCAACUUGUAAUAGGGACACCUAAGUAAGGGGACCGUAGACAGAAGUGAGGUCAAGGGAGUGCAGCAAAAGAUAGAAGUUGGCCAUCAUGUUUAAGAGACAUUCCAUAUGAAAACAUUAUUCUCUGAAGCAACACAGAAUGCCGUUGUCAACAAUUAAUAGGGGCUGGAUUGAAGUGUGUAGCUGUAGAUUGAAGUGUGAAGAUGUGUUCGUUAAACACUGUCUAAUUAUACUCUCCAUCUCUCUUCAUAAUUGACAUAUUGUCAGCCUCCUCUCCUGCUUAUCUCUUGCUCCAGUUCUCUUUCUUUAGACAAGUGACUAGAAUGGAAAGUGGGGCAGUUAUUCAGGGCAUUUUAAAGUCUUAAUUACCCUUAAUAACUGAACUCAACACCCUUUUGUCUCCUUAUAAGAUAUGAACUUGAAAUGAUAAUGGGAAUGUUCUGGGCAAAAAGCAUGAAACUGCUCUGCCCAAAGUGGCUUCUUCUCCCGGACCCUGUGAAGACGCCAUUCCUUCCUAUGCCCUCAAGCUCCUAACAAUCCACUGCCACCGACCCGCAGUUUUCACCCUCACCCCUAAUCCCUGUCUUGUGGCCUAUAAUACAUUUUAUUACACUCCACUCCUUUUUGUCCUUUUUGCCUCUUCCUUUCUCCCUGAUAGUACAGGGUGUGGAAGAAUAAAUGUGCCAAUGUAUCUGUAGCUCUUGAUAGGGGGGAAAGAGGGUCAUGUGGGUAUGACGUGGGGUGGGAGGGGGCAUAAUAUCUUGUCCUGUAAAUGUGAAAUUAGCAUUGUACAAACUUUUCUGGGUCAUUUGUGUGUUGACUUUUUUUAAACCAUUAACUCAACUGAAGUUGUUCAGAUGCCGUGAAAAUAGCUUCUAUAAGUUUAAGGUGCUCUCUGUAUUGUAUGCAUGCUUCCAUUUAUUUGGCUGUCUUUUUAUCCUGCAAGGUGAGAAUGGUGUUAUUUAUCAUUUAAGAGAGAGUCCAAUCUUAAUUGGCAGUAUGAAUGUAAUGCUUAAGCCAAUGCACUGCCAUGCUAAUUUAUGGUCCACCACCCCUCCUUUAUCCCCCUUUAAACCCUAUUUACACAGCUGUCACCUGAAGAGUUUAACCGCUCUUCCUGACCAAAUUCUUUGAAAACUUGUUCCGUCAUUAUCUUUCACAAUGCAAAGAAUAGAUUCUUCCAGUAAAUAUCAGUUCCCCCUUCUGGGAUCUCCAUUGGGACUCUUCAUUCUUGUGUAUCCUUGUUACUAUAAUGUAAAGUAAAGUUAAAAUCACUGGUGGGUGCCAGCAGCCCCCCGUUGAUUUUAACAACUUACCUGAUACCCCUGGUCAGUGCUCUUAUAAAUAUAAAAUGGCGCUGGUCUGUGGUAUUACUGUAUGACCACCAUGGAGUGAUCCUCUUCUUCUUUUUUCUGCUGCUGGGGCAGACACUUGCACAGUAGAUUAAAAUAAACAGCUUUUUUUUUCUUAGUUUGGCUUUUCACCUUACUAUGCAUGUGCACCAGCCCAAAGAAAGAAGAUGCAAAAGACAAUUGCUAUGUGGUGCUCAUCUAGAAAUACCCAGGGCUGGUGUAGUUUUCUGAUAACAGGAGCACUGGCCCAAUGUAUUAGGCACAUCUCAGUGAUUAUUCAUUUGGCACCCACAAUGAUUAGGGCUUUCCUACUCCUUUAAUAUUUCUGUUCAUUGCUGAAUAUGAUCCACAAGAUUUAAUUUCUUAUACAUUUGGGGGGGGGGGUUUAGUGAUUUUUAUGUUAAUUAUGCACUACCCAAUAUUCCCUCUUACUUUACUGAUACCAACACUGUUACUGAGAGUUACAAUAUAGCACCAGUUGAAGAGAGAGCUGUACAGAUACAUGUAUCUCCUGCUAAUAAACAGGCAACAUUA